UCGAUAAAGUCGAUAAUGAUGAUAAUAUCAAUAUUCCAUCAACAUUUCAUAGUUCAUUAACACGUGCUGUUAUGAGAAAACGACGACCACAACAACAACAACAACAACAACCAAGACAAAGACAUUCAAUGAAUUUAAGAAAUUCAUUUAUAAUUCAUAGAAAAAAUAAUAAUGAUGAUAAUAACAACAACAACAACAACAGGAAAAGAAUAACAACAACAACAACCGAUAAUAAUAAUAAUAUUCGUCAACGACAACAACAACAAAAAUCAAUAUCGGUUGUUGAUUUAAUAUCAAAACGUUUAUCAUUACCAGCUGAUUUACAUUUACCAGCAUCAUUUUUAGCUAAAAUUGAACAUCCAAAUAAAACAAUUAGUCGUAAAGUUCGUCGUGAAUCAUUGAAUGGAAUCGGAUUCGGACGGUUAGAAACAUAUACAAAAUUAGAAAAACUUGGUGAAGGAACAUAUGCAACUGUUUAUAAAGGACGUAGUCAUUUAACAAAUCGUUUAGUUGCAUUAAAAGAUAUCAGAUUUCAGCAGCAAGAAGGUACACCUUGUACUGCAAUUCGUGAAGUUUCAUUAUUACGUACAUUAAAACAUAAUAAUAUUGUUACAUUACAUGAUAUUAUUUAUUCGGAUAAAAUGCUUAUACUUGUAUUUGAAUAUAUGCCACGUGAUCUAAAUCGUUAUAUAACUGAAUGUCGUGAUUUAAUAAAUUUAUAUAAUGUAAAAUUAUUUAUGUUUCAAAUGUUACGUGGUUUAGAUUAUUGUCAUCAAAGACGUAUAUUACAUCGUGAUAUUAAACCACAGAAUUUAUUAAUAUCUGAUCGUGGUGAAUUAAAAUUAGCUGAUUUUGGUUUGGCACGUUCAAAAUCAGUACCAUCAAAUACAUUAUCAAGCGAAGUAGUAACAUUAUGGUAUCGACCACCAGAUGUAUUGAAUGGUUCAACAAAUUAUACAACAUCGAUUGAUAUUUGGGGUGCUGGUUGUAUAUUUUUUGAAUUAUUAAGUGGUGAACCAUUAUUUCAUGGAAUGUUUGAACAAGAACAAUUAAAUCUAAUUAAUCAAGUUUUCGGUAAUGAACCACAAACAUUAUCAACAUUACCAUGGGGUAUUAGUAGACGUACAAAACGUUUAAAUCAAUCAGCUGCUGAUCUUAUGUUUAAUCUUUUGAUGUAUGAUCCACAAAAACGUAUGGAAGCAAAUCGUGCAAUGAUGCAUCAUUAUUUUUCAACAUUAGAUCCAUUAAUAUAUAAAUUACCUGAUCAUUUAUCAAUAUUUACUAUUCCGACAAUCGUUUUCUAUCCGGAUCCCGGUAUAAAUAGUAAUGGUUGUAAUGGUUCUUCGAUAAAUAUUGAUGAUAAUGAGACAACAAUGUCCAUUUUGAAUCAAUCAAAAUCUGAUUCAACAUUAUCAUCAUCAGCAACAGGAUCAGUAUUAUCAUCCACAACAAUAUUACCACCACAUCAUCCACAGCAUCAUUUUCAACAACAACAACAAAAACCAAUUGAAAAACAAAUUGUUCGUGCUACAAUAUUACCGGCUAAUGAAUUAAUAACCGAAACAAAAACAAUAAAAUUAUUAUCUACAACAAAACAAAUAUUAUCGGAUAAUAAUGAUAAUAACAACAACAACAACAACAAAACCAAUAUUAUUGAAGGAAUUGAUGAUUCUUUGGAUGAUAAAUUGAAAUUUGAAAAAAUUUCUGUAACAGCAAAUCAACCAGAUCCAAUAUCAACAUCAACAUCGACAUCAAAAUCAUCAUCAACAUCAUCAUCAUCAUCAUCAUCGACAACAUCAUCAUCAAUGACAAUUGUAUCGAAUGUUGAUUGUAAACAAUUACAAUCUAAAUCAACAAAUUCAUUAUUGGUAAAUAAUUUGGGAAAUUUGCCCGAAAUUUCAUUAAUCAAUUCAAAUAAUAUGAAUAACCGAAAUAAAAAUAUUCAGCAAGAUCGUCGUAAUCGAUAUAGAAAUCAAUCAAAAAAUCAACAAUCAUCAUCGACAUCGUCAUCAAUACAACAACAACAACAACAAUUAUCACGUUCAUUUUCAUUAUCAACAAUAACAAAUCAAUUAUUACGUAAUUUUCGUUUAAAUCGUAAUCAUAAUUCUAUUGAUAAUAUUAUAAAUAAUGAUAAUUAUGACGAUAUGGAAUCAAAGAUCAUCAAGGAUCGAUUAAUUGAUCAAAAGCAAUCAUCAAGCAAUCAACAACAACAACAGCAACGAAGAAUUAAAUCCAGUUCAAAUCUAGUUGGCUCAAUUUUGAAUGAGGAACGGUCAAAUACAAAUAAUUAUCGACAACAACAACAACAAACGAUAAUGAAAUUGGAUCCGAAAUCAACAGCAGCAGCAUCUGCAUUAUUAAGAAAAUCACAAUCACGUUUAUCCUGUACAUAUCUUUCAUCACUUUGAAUGUUUUUUUCUUUUCUUUUUUUAUUUCUGGUGGAACCAACUUUUUUUUGUUCAACAAUUUUGCUCAAAAUCUUUUUAAUGGAAUAAUAAAAA